AUGUUAAAUAAUGCUCUUGAAAAUCAAAAUGCUGAUGUCACGUAUAAACUAUGUUAUUUUACCAAAGCUCAACAUCGGCAAGUAGCACAAUUAUAUUUAGAAAAUAACACUUUAUUAACAAAAAACACUGUUACACCUGGCUCCGGUAUAACAGAUGCUGAAUUUAAAACAUUACAAGAAAAAUCUGGUCGUCUUUUAUGCUUUAAUAAAAAUUUUUCGACAAGUUCGGAUGAGUAUAUAGCUUUAACGUCGACACCAUCAGUAUUGAAUAUACUCAUUUAA